AUGUUGGGACGCAAGAUUCGUCCAAAGGCCUCAAAGGCCAAACAAGGCCUCCGGCAUUUUUGGAAGAAACUUCCAACCAGCUCGACCAAGAGUGAGGGGAAGGCUCCUACCACAGCUUUAUCCGGGUCUGAAGAGACCGCUGAGAAUGAAGUCCCUGCAGUAUCAGUAAGGCCUGCAACUGCUGCAACUGCUGCAACUGCCAUUUCCCAGAAACCAGCCGGACUUCGCAUCACAGUAACAGCUCGGUUCGAGCUCCCCGUGGACUUCACGAAUAGCCACACCUACCAGACCUCGCCCGAGUUCGAGGGAUCGGACAAGAUCUUCAACGCGCUGGUCAACCGAAUCCAGCACUGUGCCAACGAGCUCAUCACAAGACAUGACCCGGACGCGGCCCAGCCUCUCCUGGGCUCACCCCCUCACGUCAAGGAUGCCCGUUACCAUCUCAUCUUCCAGGUCGAGCGCGAUGGCCAGCCCUGGGGCCAGCAGUACUUCGCCUGCUUCCAGAAGCAGCCCAUUGACGCCGCGGCAGCGCGAAAGGUCAUCUACGGAACCGACAGGAUAGUUUCUCUGUUUCUCCAACGCCAUGACCCUGGUUUCCACUGGGAACUUCCUGCUAUCGUAAGCGAGGAGCAGACACCUCACAAGACAUACCAUCCUGUCAUCGGAUGUGCCCAGGCGCUGGAUUGCAUUCCCAACUAUAGCGGGAUGCCUGGAUACACCAUUGAACUCUCCCUCAAGACCCAGCACCGCGGCAACGUGCGGAACUGGGUGAAGACCAUCGAGAGUCGGCAGAACUCACCACUCACUCUGCACUCUGGAGAAAGCCUGAUGGCCAGAGUACAAGACACGAUCCAGCGCGCCUUUGAAGGCCGGGAGACGGCGUACGAUGAGGCCCAUUUUGGCUGUAAUGGCCUGGAGGGGACCGGCGGCUGCCAGCAUUACGAGGAAGACGCCUUUGGGCUCGAGGUUAAGCUUCGAAAUAACAUUGGACCGGAAUUUUCCCACUUCCACUUCAAGAUUCAGACGUUCCAGCUUCUCUUCACCCAAGACCAGACCGCCGAAUUCGACGAGUUUGUCGAGCUCAUCGAAGGCAAUGUGGAGGAUCUCCGAGACGAAGCCGACACCGGCAUCGGGAGCCUGGAUGACCUGCGGGUACAGGUUCAGUUUCUGUCAUGCAAAGACUGGUCCAUGGAGAGAGCCCUGGCAGUAUCUCUUGAUUGUUCCAUCACAGAGUGUCGGACGACAAUCGAAGCAGUCCUGGAGCGAAUUCAAGCUGGCUUGAACAAGACGCUCCAGAGCCAAGGCUUCUCGGCUGCCAUCACUGCGCAUAAGCGAGGGCAUCUUGUCCUGGAUACCUUUAUCCAAGGUAUCCCAGACAUCGAACCUGAAACCACUGCUGUUAAGAGCGAGACAGCUACUGUUCAGAGCACCAACCAAACCCAAACAGAGGCAGAGAACCGGUUGGCAAUCCUGAAGCUUCUCCGGGAAGGUAUCAGUCAGGACAUCACCGCCGUGUGCAAGGACACCUGCAGCCUGGGCGAAGUAGCGUUCAUGGUAAACCUGAAGAUAACGCCCGCCUGCGACGAGGACACCCUGUCCAAGUACUCCAACACCCCCCCCGUAUCAAUCUGCCUCUCACAACGCAAGAUUGUGAAGAGGGCCGCGCAGGAAAAUCUCCGCCUCGACUCCCCUGAUGGCUCCGCCACCCGUGAGAAUGAAGAAGAAGAGCAGCUCGACGAAACGCAAGACUACGACUGCACGGCCUCGUCUAAGGGCGGCGCCUCGCUUACUUCGGCACCGAGCCUGGCAGACAUUGAUAGCGCCCGGCAGACUGAUGGCAUCACCACCCCGGCGUCCGCUCGCAAGCCGUCGCCCGCAGAUCAGUGGGGUUUGAUGCCCGAAGUCGCGCGAGGAAGGACCUUGUCAAAGUCCACACGCCUGUCGUCGGGCUCUUACAUCGAGGAACCUUCUGUCAUCCAUCAUCCUGCUCACCUCGGCGAUGCAACCCUCCGACUCAUCGAGAAUUUGGACCAGGGAGAGAUGGAGAUUCCCUCGACGGUAGAGAUAUCCUCGACUAAAGAAAUUCCCUCAAUGGCAGAGAUCCCUUCGAUUGAAGAAGUCCCCUCGAUCGAAGAGCUUCCCUCGAUAGUAGAGAUUCCCUCAGCAGUGGAUAUCCCCUCGACUAAAGAGGCCUCCUCAACUAAAGAGGUCCCUUCGACUGAAGAAGUCCCCUCAACUAGAGAAGUCUCUUCAACUGAGGUAGUCCCUUCAACUGAGGAAGUCCCUUCAACGAAGGAAGUCCCUUCAACUGAAGAGGUCCCCUCAACUAACGAGGUGCCAUCGACUGAAGAAAUCUGCUCGACUGAAAAAGCGUCUUCGACAGCAGACAUCCCCUCGAUAGUCGGUAUCCUCUCAACCGAUAAAAUCCCACAGGAAGCUAGCUCCACAUCAGACGAUUCCACCACCAAAGCCCUCAUUCCCGAAGAAGGGAAGCUCGAGAUUGUGCAGCAUGAGGAUAUAUACGAACGCCCCAAGUCGCCCGAGGAAAUUGCACGAGAAGCUACCUCCACACCAGACGGUUCUGACACCAAAACCCUCAUUCCCGAAGAAAAUAGGCUCGAGAUCGUACUGCAGGAGGAUAUAUACGAACGUCCCAACUCGCCAAAGGAAAGUCUACGAGAAGCUGGCUCUACAUCAGACAAUUCCGCUACCAAAACCUCUAUUUUCGAAGAGCAGAAGCUCGAAAUCGUGCCAGAAGAGGAUGUCCACGAACGUCCUAACUCGCCGAAAGAAACACCAGAGGAAAUAACGGUGCAAAAGAGUGCCGAAAAGCAGCAGCUCGAUCUACCCGUGCGCGAGACACAGGAAAGCCAGACGGAAGUAUCAGACGAUCCCGCCACCAAAACCCUCAUUCCCGAAGAACAGAAGCUCGAUGGUGCAAGCCUCCGAUCCAUCGAGAGCGAAGACGAAGCAGAGACAGGUAUACCCUCGAGAGACGAAAUCUCACGGGAAGCUAGGUCCGUAACAGACGAUUUCGCCACCAAAACCCUCAUUCUCGAAGAACAGAAGCUCGAUGGUGCAAGCCUCCGACUUAUCGAGAGCGAAGACGAAUCAUGUACAGAUGUCCCCUCGGCAGUAGAUGUCCCCCCGAGAGACGAAAUCUCACGGGAAGUUAGGGUAAAAACAGACGAUUUCGCCACCGAAACCCUCAUUCCCGAAGCGCAGAACCUCAAGAUCGAGUCGGAAGAGGAUAUAUACGAGCGUCCCCAGUCCCGAGAGGAAAUAGAGGUGCAAAAGAGUGUUGAAAAGCAGCAGCUCGAUACACCCGUGCCUGAGACACAGGAAACCCAAAAGGAAGUAUCAGACGAUUCCGCUACCAAAACCCUCGUUCCCGAAGAACAGAAGCUCGAGAUCGUGCAGCCCGAGAAUACAUACGAACGUCCCAAGUCGCCAGAGGAAACAGCGGUGCAAGAGAGCGCCGAAAAGCAGCAGCCCGAUACGCCCGUGCCUGAGACACUGCCUGAGACACAGGAAGUCCAAAGGGCAGUAUCAAUUACUCCCGAUAAGUCAGAUGGCGCUUAUACCACGGAUGCACCCCAAGUAACUACAACAACAAUAACCCCCGUUGUCCCGAGAAAGUCAAGCAGACGACACGGUGACUUCGGCACCAAGCGGCAGUCAUUCCGCCUCUCGCAGAAUUUCGGCCAGCUCCGCAUCUUCAGCUUAUCAGGUACCGUGGGCGGGCUGCCCCCCGCGACGACUAAGAUUCACGCGGAGGGACACAUCCCCCGCGGCGAGGUAUCCUCGAUCCCCCGCAGCGAUGCAUCCUCGACCCUCGCCCCGAGCGUCUCGGAAUGA